AUGAAAACUAUUUCGUUCAGCUAUCGUUUAGGUCUUUCUACUGUAUACCAAAUCAUCAUAGAAGUAUGUUAUGCAAUUAUUGAAAUUGUUAUGCUAGAAGUUAUGCCUGUUCCAACGGAACAAAAGUGGAAAGAAAUCGCAUCAGAGUUUUGGACUUGCUGGGACUUCCCCAAUUGUUUAGGUGCUAUCGAUGGCAAACAUGUUACAAUCCAAGCUCCUCCUAAUAGUGGAUCACAAUAUUUUUGUUAUAAAAAAACAUUUUCUAUAGUCUUAUUAGCAUUAGUUGAUGCUCAUUAUAAUUUUAUAGCUGUAGAUAUGGAAAGUUUUGGUAAAAAUAGUGAUGGAGGCAUCAUGGCUCAUUCAAAAUUAGGGAAAGCUCUUGAUCAAAAUAAACUGAAUGUACCACCAAAAGAAGCGUUGCCAGGAACUACAAAUGAUGUACCGUACGUUAUUGUAGGCGAUGAAGCCUUCCCAUUAAAAACGUAUUUACUGAGACUAUAUCCCGCAAAACAGCUAGAUUGA